GGCUCUCAAGGGGAGUUUAAGUCGAAGCGUCGUCGUUUUAGCCGAUUCGAACGAAAAAAGUUGUCGUCUGGUCUCUCGUGUCCCUCCGCUGCCUGCCAACAAAUGGAGCUGUCUUCCGCCAUUUACAGUCAAUCCUCCGCCGCUCAGAUUCUGAGACCUAAGCUCUGCUUUACAGUUUCUAUUCCUCAGAGAGCAUCGAUCGUUUCUUCUUCUUCGCCUCCCCGAUACUUGCGGAUGGAAACUCAAUCUCAGCCUCGUCAAUCAAUCUCCUGCGCUUCUUCACCCAGCAACAACGUUUCUCCUGCGACUUCUAACGAAUCAGCUCGAGUUGGAGAAGUGAAGAGAGUAACAAAGGAGACGAAUGUGUCAGUGAAGAUCAACUUGGACGGCACUGGAGUUGCUGAUUGUUCCACUGGAAUCCCUUUCCUUGACCAUAUGCUCCAUCAACUUGCUUCACAUGGCUUGUUUGAUGUGCACGUAAGAGCUACUGGUGACGUUCACAUCGAUGACCAUCACACUAAUGAAGAUAUAGCUCUUGCCAUUGGAACCGCUCUGUUGAAGGCACUUGGUGAGCGUAAAGGGAUUAAUCGGUUUGGUGACUUCACAGCUCCUCUAGAUGAAGCGCUUAUUCAUGUUUCCCUGGACUUGUCUGGUAGACCAUAUCUUGGUUUCAACUUGGAGAUUCCAACACAGAGAGUUGGGAACUAUGACACUCAGUUGGUGGAGCACUUUUUCCAGUCGUUGGUGAAUACUUCCGGUAUGACACUUCACAUCCGUCAGCUUUCUGGUAGAAACUCGCAUCACAUAAUAGAGGCGACAUUUAAGGCCUUUGCCAGGGCUCUACGACAAGCAACGGAGAAUGAUCCUCGCCGUGGUGGCACCAUACCAAGUUCAAAAGGAGUCUUGUCACGGUCCUGAGAGCUGAGCAAUCACAA